GCGGCCGGCCCGAAGGGGCAGGGAGGGAGGGAGCUCCGAAACCCUCGCCAAACACCGCUGGCCUUCCCGUCAAAUACCCCCAAAUCAGAUAUGCUUGAAAAUUCCACCUGCUCUCUCUGUUAGCCGCGCUAGUUUUUUCUCCCCGAGGAAAUAAAACCCAUUUUUUUUUGUGGAACAAUUCGAUCUCGCUCACGGAAAGGGGCAUAAAAUUUGUUGAAUCCGAUAAGUUUUUUCUUCCCCCCCCUAAAUUCAAGUGUCUUGUCAUCGCUUGGUUUUUGUUUCUUGGGGGUGGGGGGACCGAGGGGUCCUGAAGAUUUUUUGGAACAUCUUCCGUGCUAUUUUGUCGCCGUAUUUGGUCAGAGUGUAGCGUCUCUACCCAAAGGAGGGAUCGGAUCAUGUCGGGCCAGUCGAUCACGGACCGGAUCACCGCGGCCCAGCACAGCGUCACCGGCUCGGCCGUUACCAAGGCGGCGUGUAAGGCCACCACACACGAGGUGAUGGGCCCCAAGAAGAAGCACCUUGACUAUUUGAUCCAAUGUACCAAUGAGAUGAAUGUGAACAUACCACAGAUGGCAGAUACUUUAUUUGAGAGGGCAACCAACAGCAGCUGGGUUGUGGUGUUUAAAGCAUUAACCACCACACAUCAUUUGAUGAUGUAUGGGAAUGAGCGGUUUAUCCAGUAUUUGGCUUCAAGAAACACAUUGUUCAACUUGAAUAACUUUUUGGAUAAAAGUGCUAUGCAAGGAUAUGAUAUGUCGACUUUCAUCAGACGGUAUAGCAGAUACCUUAAUGAAAAAGCACUCUCCUACAGACUAAUGGCAGUUGACUUCACUAAAAUGAAAAGAGGGACGGAUGGAGUAAUGAGAACAAUGAAUACAGAGAAAUUGCUGAAGACACUGCCUCUAAUACAGAAUCAACUUGAUGCACUCUUAGAUUUUGAUGCAAAUCCUAAUGAACUAACUAAUGGAGUAAUAAAUGCUGCCUUCAUGCUACUGUUCAAAGAUUCCAUCAGGCUUUUUGCUGCCUACAAUGAAGGGAUCAUCAACUUACUGGAGAAAUACUUCGAUAUGAAGAAAAAUCAGUGCAAGGAGGCCCUGGACAUCUAUAAAAAGUUUUUGGCCAGAAUGACAAAGCUGUCUGAAUUUCUCAAAACUGCAGAGCAAGUUGGAAUUGAUCAGGGUGACAUUCCAGAUCUAUCUCAGGCUCCAAGCAGUCUCCUUGAAGCACUGGAGCAGCAUCUGGCAUCUCUGGAAGGAAAAAAGACAAAAGAACUCUCUGCAGCAAACAGAGCAACGACCCUAUCGAAUGCAGUUUCCACUCUUUCCAAUACAGGGAUGUCUUUGAGUAAAGUCGAUGAGCGGGAAAAGCAAGCAGCUCUGGAAGAGGAGCAAGCUAGACUACAAGCUCUCAAGGAACAGCGGCAUAAAGAGGUACCAAUACAACCCCAGUCUGUAACUGCAUCCACCACUGUGUCUCCAAGCUCCACAUCAGGGAAGAGUAUCAAUACCACAACAGCAGUUGAUCUAUUCUCAGUAGCCACACCAGUAACAAGUACUAACAGUGCACCCAGUCUUUCCAAUGAUAUCUUCAAUCUGCAGUCAGCUUUUGUACCAACAGUGCAGAACACCCCAGCAAUAUCAACCUCAGUAGCUAAUGCCUGGGGAGAUGUAUUCAACUCUUUUGCUGAACCAAGUCCUGCUACAUCUACAAAAAUUGAACAUUUUCCUGAGGUAGACAUCUUUGAUGCAGAUUCUUUCAGCUCAAAAGGAUCAGCUUCUGUUCCUGAAGUUAUUUCUACCCAUGAUCCCUUUCUUGGGUUUACUCCUCAACCUGUCCCUCAGAUGAUUGUUCCAACAACAAUGAACGUGGACUUUGACUCAGUGUUUGGAUCCAAGUUGGGUGUCAGUGAAGCCCAGAAUGCAAGCGGUUUUGGUCAACCAGGUGAAAUGUUGAUGCCAACUCUCCUUGCCAAAAAUCAGACAGCGCCACCAUCAGUGAGCCAACAGAAUAACAAGCUAUUAGCCACUGACUUGGAUUCAUCCCUCGCUAACCUUGUGGGCAAUUUGAAUUUUGGAGGAACCCCAAUGAAAAAAAUGGAUCAGCAGUGGACCCAGAGUGGAGAAAAGAAAUUGACAGGAGGAACAAAUUGGCAACCAAAGACCACUACAUCGACCUCCUGGAGUGUAGCACCAAUGAAUGUCCCUCCGAUGGUGUCGCCCCCAAUAUCUUUCCCAGUGUCAACACCUCAAGUGCCUAUGUAUGGAAUGGUACCUGCAAUGGGAACUGUGCCUGUGGUAGCACAACAGCCAAUGAUGUAUCCUCAGGCCGUAAUGAGGGCAACUAAUCCUUUUGCACCAGUUAAUGGAGCUCAGUUGCAGUUCAUGUAGAGACAACAAAGAUGUAUCAACACAAAGUUUUCAGUAAGCACCAAAUAUCUGGAUGAAGGCAGAUGAAAACAGACCAAGACUUGGGGCUUAUUCAUCAUUUUAAAAAUCUCAUUGAAUUUACAUUAUCUUACUGCUUCCUAAUCUAACUUUUUAAUGGAGAAAUGCUGAAUGGAAAACAGUCCGAUCUGUGUUGAAUGAUCAUUAUCUGAGUGAGCAGGCUUGAAAUGAUGUUUAUAUUUAUUGACCUGUUCAGGGCAGUUUCUUUUCUUGCUGAACGUAAUUGGAACAACUCUUGAAUCUAGUCACAUGGACAUAAAAGUUACCAGUAAUAUUAACAAGUAAAUGGAAACCUGAAGAGGAAUCAUUGGAUUCAGACAUAUUCCUAAGCAAUUCUUAGAUCCUGUCAGGCUGCUUGAAUUGGUUAUUAACCUACUACCAGAUAAGUAUUUCAAUGCACAACAUUGAAAAUUAAAGUUUAUAUUGACAGUUGUUUACUUCCCUGUUCUUUUGAUCAGCUUGAGAGGAUUGCAUCCUUUUGUGACUGGGUGCAUUGUAAUACAUGAUUUUGUUUUUGUCAGGCACAGUUACUGGGGAAUAUCAUUGUGCUUUGCUGUGCAUAAAGUGAGUAUUAAUUUUACAGUAUGUGUGAAAAGAAAGUAUAAUACAUGUGUGUGGUGUUUAUUUUGGGCAACUGCAAAUCAUGAAAUGAGCAUUUUUAAAAAGUUGUCACCAACCUUUCUUGAUAUUAAAGAUAAGACUGUAGAAAUUGAGCAUUAUCGAAUUAAUGCAAACCAGGUGAAGAGAAGAAAUACGUAACACCCAACUUCUGCUUAAUGGAUCUCGGGUAUGGUUUAAUUAGAAUGUCCUAUUAUGAAUACAUCUGAAAUUGAAUUUGCCUAACAGCACGAAUAUCUGAGGGGUUAGUGUGAGCUGGCUUUGGUUGCCCACAGAAAAAAUUGUGCAAUACCAUCGCAAUUGUAUCACUUGGAAUAUCUGUUGAAAGCACCAUAUGCAUUUAAAGCAACUGCAACCAAGUUACUUAUCAGAUUCUGAAUGUGUGUACAUUUGCUGCAAGGUCCUUGUAUCCAUAAAAUUUUAAAAGAUUAACAUUAUAGCUCUAUUUAGUUAAGGAUUCUCUAAUGAAAGUGGAUUCUCUUAUUUGACACACCCCAUUGAUUAUACUGAAGGUGCUCAUGACAGGUUUUCUGUUGACAGAUUUUCUGUUGACUGAUGAAAUUUGAUGUGAUUCCUCUUCUCCAACUCCCCUUUCCUUCUCCAACUCCAGAUUGGGUUUAUGGUAAUAUUACACUGUUAACUAACUCUGUUUACAAAUAACUUUCACUGUAACUUUGAUUUUUUGAGGAUAUAUUGCAAACCAAAUACAUUUUUAAAAGGACAGCUCAGCACUGGAAUUACAGAAAUGUUGUAUGGUAAAAAUUGAUUAACGAAAAGCAGGCUAAGCAAAUGCAGAUGUUGAUGUAGUAGCAUUGUGCUGUAUCAAAUUAUGUAAUACAAAAGGUUCUAAUUAUAGGAAAGAUGAACAAAAAAAAACAGGCAUUAAGUGGGAUUGAGUACUAUCUGCGUUGUGUUGAUACUGAUUUGCAAAGCUCUGGGGAUCUAUUUAAUCUCAAUUUCAUGGUAUUCUUCUCACCCGUUUUGAUUCAGUUCUGAUUCCAUGAAGUAAUGGAUUUCAGAAGGAUCAAUGGGUAUCCUGUUUCACGUUGCCCUAAGUAUUAGGAUCACCAGUUCAGUCAGCAACCUUAAUAAGCAGCUACUGAAUAACCUUUGGAAAAUUUUCUUCUCCCACCCUUUACUUCCCAAAGUAGAAAUAAUUAUAGAUGAACACCUAACUCGCCUCGAGCAAGUUAGCCUAUGUUUAGGGCUUAAUGAUUGAUUUUCCCAAACUUGAAAUAGUAGAUUUCCCCUUCCCCAUCAUAUUGCAUUACUUGGUGUUUUGCAUCUAAGAUGAAAAUCCUUUCUGAUAAGAUGCCUGUUAAAGUAAGUUGGAUUAUGAAUGUUUUAUAAAUCUGUGCCAACUCAAUAUUAUCCAUUAGUAGCUAUUGAGUCUUUACAAUUUCUAAAUAAGAAUCUGCUGAAGUAAGUGAACUUUGAUAUACAUAUCUUACUCUGAACUUACAAUAGCAACUCAAUGUUUGUUCAAAUUUAUGCGAUUAUUUUACUUUAAAUUUAAUAACAUUUUGACAAAUCAGGAAAAACUACUUUCCAUUGUUAUUUUAAUUGCCUUUUAAUGUCAGUUUUUCCAUCUAAAUUUUAAUAUAUGACUUAAAAAUUGCAAACACUGAAGUCUCUUCUAUGUAAGGGACAAUUAAAUAUCAUUGUGACUAUC